UGACCGGUUGGAGAUCCGAAUCUGGAUUCGGGCUGCUCCUGCUCUCUUGGUCGGCCACUUAAUUUAGCCGCUCCGUCAUCGGCAUGGCAUCCAUCGACCCAACCCAAAGAUGUCGAUGCUACCUUCCCUCCGCUUCAUAACUGUCCACCUCUUCCUCUUCAAGCACUCGCCACCCUCACCGCCUGCCAUUGCCGGCCCCUUCAUCUCCAGCCGGCCCCUCAAAACACUGUCAUCUCUCCUUUUCCUCAAACGUCGGCAAGCCUUCUCCUCCACUUCCCCGAAGCCUUGCGUCGCCCCCAGACGGCUGGAGCAGCCCUCUCUGGUCCUCAAUACGGAUGAGCGGGUGGCCGGCUCGGGCUCGGUGAGCGAGCUCCGACAGCCUGACUUGGGCUACAGCACUAUCGCCGCCAUUGUGACCUCAAUUGGCGGCGCUGUCGGGAUUGUGCGGUUGUCCGGCCCCUCUGCGGUGGAUAUUACUGCACGAGUGUUUAAGCCGACGAGGAGCGGGAAGCAGAAGACGAAGAAGAGGAGGGAUGGCUUGUGUUCUGAUUCAUGGCGGCCCACUAGCCAUGUUGUGGAGUAUGGUUACGUUCUCGACUCGAAAGGCAACGUUGUUGACGAGGUAUUAGCAGUGCCCAUGUUGGCUCCUAGGUCCUACACCCGCGAAGACGUAGUGGAGCUUCAGUGCCAUGGCAGCGAUGUGUGCCUGCAUCGGGUCUUGAGGGCUUGUCUUCAAGCGGGGGCAAGGCUUGCAGAACCUGGUGAGUUCACUCUCCGUGCCUUCCUGAAUGGACGUAUAGACCUCUCUCAGGCAGAAAAUGUGGGGAAUCUUCUCUCUGCCAAGUCUGUGGCUGCAGCUGAUGCAGCCCUUGCAGGAAUUCAGGGAGGCUUCGCUUCUUUGGUGAAAUCACUGAGAUCUCAGUGCAUUGAGCUGUUGACCGAAAUUGAGGCUCGUCUGGAUUUCGAUGACGAGAUGCCACGGUUAGAUCUGGACCUGGUAAUGGAUAAAAUACAUGCCAUGGGGCGAGAUGUUGAAGAUGCUCUCCAGACAGCUAAUUAUGACAAGUUUCUUCAAUCAGGAUUACAGAUAGCUAUUAUUGGCCGUCCAAAUGUUGGAAAGUCAAGCCUCCUCAAUGCAUGGAGCAAAAGUGAGAGGGCUAUAGUUACAGAGAUUGCUGGGACUACAAGGGAUGUGGUCGAAGCUGGCAUUAUGGUUUGUGGUGUUCCUGUAACCCUGCUUGAUACUGCAGGCAUAAGGGAUACUGAUGAUGUUGUGGAGAAGAUCGGUGUCGAGAGAUCAGAAGCUGCUGCAAUGGGUGCUGAUGUCAUUAUCAUGGCAGUAAGUGCUGUGGAUGGGUGGACUUCAGGAGAUACAGAACUUCUCGACAGGAUUCAAUCUACUAAGGAAUCAACUGGGUUCUCCAUGCCCAUAAUUCUCGUAAUAAAUAAGAUUGACCAGGUCCCAUCUGCCCAAUAUGAAUGGGAUUAUAAUGGAAACGGGAAAUCUACUUUCACGAAGCUUGUCUUCACGUCGGCAAUAAACGGUGAAGGGAUACAAGAACUCGAGACAGCAGUAUCUGAGAUUGUUGGCCUCAGCAGAAUUCCCGAGGGCGGACGAAGAUGGACUGUGAACCAGAGGCAAUGUGAGCAACUUGUACGGACCAAGGAAGCCCUCGAGAGAUUGGAAGUGUCGAUAAAGGAAGAGUUGCCUCUUGACUUUUGGACGAUUGAUUUGAGAGAAGCGGCGCUUGCUUUGGGGCAGAUUAGCGGAGAAGACAUAUCUGAGGAAAUUUUAUCCAAUAUUUUUGGCAAGUUUUGUAUCGGUAAAUAGACUAAGAACACAUGACUGCAUGUUACAAUUUUGUUGUCUAGAAUUGGAAUCGCUGAUAAUACUGGAAAUUCCUGGCGAUUAUUGAUAGAACAGAAGUUUCAGCUAAGCUCGGCUUAUCGUGGUUUGUACGUACCAUAAUAAAAUUUUGUUGUCAAAA